AAACAAGAGAGCUUCUUGGCAUCUUCGUUAUUUUUUCCUUCCUUCACUUGUGGUUUUUUCUCAUUUUGCAAAAACAAACCUAAUAUGGCAAGCACAAGAAAUCUGAAGCACCUCAACCUGAACCUGAACCUGAACAUGUGUUGUUCAAAUUCAGCUACUCAUGAAUGCGAAUCUCCUCCAUUGAGCCCCAUAACUAGUUCCUCAAAUCACAAUAACACUACUCAAUGUCCUUCUCCUUCUUCAAUUAUGAUAAAGAACUUCAACUCUAUCUAUGACCCUACCUUAACCUCUCAUGACCACUCUUUCAGCUCUACCUUCUUCGAGCCCGAACCCGCUGACUUCGCCACCGCCUUCGCCUCCCAACGCUUCUUCUUCUCCUCCCCGGGCCUCUCCAAUUCCCUAGUUGAAUACAACAACACCAACAAAAGUACUACUCGACACCCAGCAUUGUUGAGAGAACAUGGUGAGAAGAUGAAGGAGGAGGAGGAGGAGGAGGAGGAGGAGAAGAAGAAGAAGGUGUUGUUCAAGGGGAGCGUGGCGGUGGCGACGUACUCGCCGGAUCCUUACGUGGAUUUCCGGCGGUCGAUGCAGGAGAUGGUGGAGGCGCGGCCGGAGCUGAUGGACGUGAAGUCCAAUUGGAAUGUUCUUCACGAGCUUCUUCUAUGCUAUCUUGCGCUGAAUCCAAAGAGCACACACAAGUUCAUUCUUGGAGCCUUCGCUGAUCUUCUCGUUAGCCUCAUGUCAUUCUAGUAGUGUUGGAUCUUCUUCAAUUUUGGGUUGUAAAUUCAAAAUAAUGAAACAUGUCAGAUACUGAUUGUUUCAUUAAUUAGUCUCACACUCGUUUUUGGUUUUUUUUUUCCUUCGUUUGGUUAGUGUUAACUGUUAAGUUACUAGUUAGCUAGUGGUACGUAUAGUGACAUUUUUGGUUCCUUUGCUUUGAGGGUGGGGAACCUCUAUACUCAUACUUGUCCCCUCCAUGCAUUAAUUCAUUCGCUGUCCUCUACUCCAUCUUUCACUAUCCUCCUUAAUUAAUCUUUAUCCAUCAACUUAA